AUGAAGGAGGAGCAUUGGAUUGACCGAGUGAGGUGUGAGGCGCAGACACUAUUGGGAUAUGCUGCUAGGGAGUUUGCCAUACAGGGAGUUAAGCCUGGAGAAUUGGCGAUUAUUUCCAAACAGGGAGAUGGAAUAAACAAGAGAACCAGGAAGAAGAGCAUGCCAUGGAUUCUGUGUAGCAAUGUAGCUCCUUAUGAACGCCCCACACUUAGCAAGGCAUACCUGUUUCCCGAGGGGGCUGCAAGACUUCCAGGAUUUUAUGUAUGUGUUGGAAGUGGAGGGGAGAGACUGCUCCCUGAGUAG